UUUUCCUUGAUCUCUGCGCAAUGGCGGAGGUCAGACUGCGGUGCGGGAGACAAGCUUACAAGUUUAUAAAACCCUCGUAUUUAUCGCUUUUGGAUAAAGUGGGUAAACCGGUCUUAAAGGCAGGUUAUGUUGCAGCAUUAAAUCAUUCACCGCAGUUUUGUGCAGCUCAUAAUAAUCGCGUUGCGCGCGAUCAAGGAUCGGGUUUGAAGACACCCCAAGAGAAAUCAUCUGACAUCUUUAAAUCGCCAUUGGACUUCCUUAGCGAUACUAUUUAUGGAAAUACGUGGAGUGACUGCAUUAAAUUGGGGAUUAAAGCAGAUGCCAUAACUCCAGUUCUCGUGUUCUCGCGUUUAAAAACACACGUAAGGCGUCCUCUCCUGCGUGGCAGUGCUGGCUAUCCCUUUACAAGGAGAUCCAUCCAUGCACAGACACACUAUGGACUUCCACGUGCUCGUUUAGGGCACUUCACGUCUUUCUCAAGGGCUUAUAGUAGAACACAGAAUAAUGACAGCACAGGACCGCUGCACAAAUCGAAGACUGCCUACUAUGACAUUCUCGAGGUGUCUCCGACAGCCACUCACACGCAAAUCAAGACUGCUUACUAUAAACAGUCCUUCAUAUAUCACCCGGACAGAAACGCAGGGAGCGGGGAAGCCACGUUUCACUUCUCUCAGAUCAGCGAGGCGUACAACGUGCUCGGUAAUAAAGCGUUGAGAAGGAAAUACGACCGUGGGAUUCUGAGUGUAGCUGACCUCACAGGCUCCAGCAGACCCACCGAAAGUGAGAGAACAGCGUCAUCGUCUGGUCAAACGACCCAAGGCCGACGCUCUUCAUCGGUCGCGGUCGACCAGGACAAGAUCUUUGACUUUGACGCUUUCAUCAGAGCGCACUAUGGAGAACAACUGCAGAGAGAGAAGGAGCUGCGCCAACGCAGGGAGGAGAUCCUUAGGAAGCAGAAGGCGAAGUAUGAUGAUGUGGAACUGGGCAGAAUGAAGGAGUUUGCUGUAGGGAUGCUUCUGGUGAUGGCCAUGGCAAUCGUGUUUACUAUGAGGUCUAGCAAUUGAUUAAUGCGAAUGGAUGCUUGAGGUGGAUCUGUCACCUCAUUUUGUCAAUUGAAUGUGCAAACACACUAUUUUAUGGGAUGGACUUGAUCAUAUCAUUAUUAAAACCGAGCUUUGCAAGAUCAUCAUGGUAACCAUAGUUUCUGCCCAAAUAUCAUUACUACUGCUGUAUGACUAUGAGAUCAUACCAACUAAUCUAUCUUUGUAGGCCGUUAUUUAUUUUCAGUAAGUAAUUUUGUUGCGAAUACUUGUUUCCCUUCGAUUAACUGGUAUUUAGGUGAAAAAAGGGAAUAAUUUAAUUUAAGGAGGCAAAUGAAUAGACACAUUUGGUUGUUUAAUGACUGCAUUUGUAAGUGUGGGCCUUGCCUCAGUGGUUAAAUGCUUGUAUUCAUAGGAAUGAUUUAUGUUCUUCAGAAAAUGAGGUUAUGGCUGGUGAGCACAGAUGGCAGUAUUUUGCACAUGGCAUCUGGGUAAAGACUCGCAAAGUUCUGGUGUUUAUUUGACUGGACAGUUCUGUCAAUCUAAACUUGUUAGGCUUUGGUAAAACUGACAUAUUGUGUACAAAAUAGACAUCAAUCACUUUACAAUUAAGGUUUAAUGUAUUACUUUGAUGAAUGAAGGAAAGAGGUGGUUGGGUAAUGGUUCAGUAAUAGGCUGCUAAAACAAAUGUUAAUCAUAAUUAAAAAAUAUAUAAUUUAGGGUUGAAUCCCAAAUUAUAGCCUAUGACUGUAAAUGGAGAAUUGAUGGGAGUACAACAAUGCCUCAUCAGUACAGACCUUGUAAAGAAACUGUGCCUUCCGAUUGUUUAAAUACAUAGAUGAAUAUGUAUUCUAUGGAUGUAAAAAUACAAUUAUAAAAAAGAUAGUAUCUUU